GAAAGCACUCAAUUUUCUUUGCAGAAGAAGAUGGACCAUCGAAGAAAAAGGAUCAGGGGUAAAUCUCCUGCAGCAAGGUUAAGGAAGGUGGUACCAGCCACCAAAAAGCAUAUGUCAAGAGUCAGCUUACCCAUAUUAAGUGUAACUGCCUCAACAAGUCAUUCAGUGCUCAGAUCUCAAGGAAGUUGUCCAGAAGAUUGUGACUCAAGUAAUGCAACAUGCUGUGAAGUAGUCCUGUCCUGCACAGAGAAUCAGAGUGAGGUUACUUCCCUGGUGGAGGCCGGGAUGACGUCUUCUACCAUAUCAGGGCUUGGUAUGGUUCCUAGCAAUUUAGAAUUAAAUAUACCAACAAGUAAGACAGAACCUUGCAAGUUCAAGGCUAAUUCAGUGUUGGAGUAUGAAGAGCCUGUUAAGAAAUUAAGGAUAUCAGAUACUGAAUACAAACAAGAUUUGAGUGUUGAUGGCAAUAUUGUUGGAAAAAGUGGAUUGGAAAAUGAAAAUUCUUUGAUUCCGGGAAACCAAGGUAUAUUUAUUGAAUCAGAAUUUGAUCAACACAGUGGAAGUAAUAAUGUAACCUCAGUUAUAAAACUGGAUCACGAAAUUGCAGAUAACAAAGAUGGGCAGCACCAUGAAAAUAACUUGUCUGUAAAUCUGGAAAGACUGCAUUAUGAAGAUGAUAAUGGAAUUUCAUAUGUAAAUCUAGAAGAGAAAAAUACAAAAAGCACAGAUGGCCAGCACAAUGAAAAGGAUAAUGAAAUCUCAUCUCUAUUGCUUGUAGGAAAAGUUGCAGAUAACACAUUGGAUAAGCACCAUGAAAAUGAUACUGUAUCUAGAAAUCUGGUUGGAAGAAUUGCUGAUAGCACAGUUGAACAGCACUUUGAAAAAGAUCUUGAAAUUUCAUCUACUAUGCUGUAUGGACAAAAUGCAGAUGACACAAAUAGCCAGCAUAAUGAUGGCAUUAGAAUCUCAUUUACUGAGCUCAGUAGAAAAUCUGCAGUUAUUUCAAGUUGCACAUUAUCCAGUGAGAUAGGCCACAAAAUUUCUAAAGAAGCAGAAAUCAUAAAAAAAUCACAGAUGUUAAUCAAAAAUAAAAUAAAAAGAGAAGAGAACAUAUGUAAUUCAGAUAUUGUUAAGGAAGGAGUAAUGAGAAAACAAGAAGUUAUUAACACUUCUUCAGUGAAAUAUAUUGAAGAUUCUGUUAUCACUGAGGAGAAAAUACAUGAGAAAAUAGAAAAUAAAAGUGAGGAUGGAAGCGCACUGGCAUUGCAGAUCAGAGAAACAUUCUGUAUCAAAGAUAAAGAAAUGACUUCAAGGAAUGCUGAAGACACGGGGAAAGCCUCUCCUUGUAAUGAUGUAAAUUUGAAGAAAAAUACUCCCCAGACCCCAAAGAAACCAUAUGUGAAAAAACGUCCCAACAUUAGAUUGAAAUCCAAAGUGGUUAAUGUUCUUUGUAAUGAUGCAGAAAGCACUUUAAAAGAAGAAAGAGGUGCAGAAGGCAAAGAGAAUCCUCUUCAUUUGCAGAAAUUAACUUCUAUUACAUAUCCAUCAUGCAGUUUCAAGAAGUCAAAAGUUUUGGAUAUUCAACCAAGUUCAUGUAGGGUGACAAAAGCAAAAAAGAGAUUGACAAGGGCUACCAUUCAGGAUUUAUCAUCUAGUCUGUGCAAAAUAUCAGUUGAACAGGAUCAUAAAGCUAUAGAUACUAGUAGCUUGAGAUCAGAAGAACAAAUUAAUUCUGAAGGACACAAUGCAUCAACAGAAAUGCCAGAUACAGCUUGUCCUAGUACAUCAGAUGAUGUACUUCAGAAUCAGAAUGCUGAUGUGUAUACCAAAAUAGAAGAAGUGCAAGAUAGGUCAUCAUGGUUUGUAAAUCAUCAGAGAACAGUACAAACUUUGCCAGAAAGAGAGAAAGAGGAAAACAUAGAAGUAAGAAAGCAGUCUGGCCUAUUGUUUUCUGAGUGUAGUAGGUCAAAGACACAAAUUAUAGAUGAAGAGAACAACAGUCAUCAUAUAGUUGUCAGUGACAAUGUGUCAUUACAUGGUCAGGAUUCAGAUAGUAAAGAAUUAUCAAGAGAUGGUCAUGAUUUGCCUAACUUAAUUCCUCAAAAUUCAAUAUCAGUUGCUGAAGGAUUUUCAUGCUGUGAGAACAUGGGAUCGACUUUAUUGCAAAAGGAAUUUAACACGGUUGAGAAAACUAAGUCUGUGAUGAAAGAGGAGAUUCAUAAUAAUGGAAAAGAUGCAGAAAUCAAAGAAUCAGUACUAAAUGUCCAGGAGAUAAAUAGUGAUGAAAAAGAUGGUCUUGAUAUAAAAAACCUUACAACAAGAACAAAUCUCGAUUGUCAGUGGCAGGAUUUGAAUUCAGUAAAAGAAAAAAUAGGAAGCAGUGAUGAAAGUCAUGCUGAGAAAAAGGAAAAAUACUAUCUGAGAGACUUCAGUACAAAUGAAGGAGGCAACAGUGUGAAAGGAUUUGAAUUUGAAGGUUUUGUAAAGGAUCCGAAUUUUGAAAGAGAAAUGACCGAGACAGUUAAAGAUAAUCUUUGUUCUGAACCAGUGGACUGUCUUGUACAGAAACCGACCUGCAAAGGUGCACCGGAAUCAAGUUAUGUGAAAGAAAAUACAUCUAACUCAUUAUCAGAGUCAGAUAUCACAAAUAUUUCUAAUUGGCAGGUGAAAAUGACCUCUCUGCUUACCAUAUCGGGAGCCCUAGGCUGCAAAAAACAGCUCCUGAUUGUGCCACGUUCAUACUUAACUGUGGAAUUGGUGUUGGCAGCCAUUAGCCUUGGAAAAUUUUCUCACACAGAUAUUCACUCUUGGAUUUGCAAAAUUUGCAGACCAGUAAAUAGAGAUUUCACAGAAAUAAACAGAAAACAGUUUAUGCAGUAUGAACUAUUACACAGAAUAAUCUCAAAAACUUGCAGUGCAAAAAAGAGGAGCCAUUGGGAAAAAGUUCUUAAAAAGUCUUUAUAUGUUUUGCCCAAAGGUGGGGGUUGGUCUUUGAUCUUUGAAAAGAUUCCUGAUAUUUGCCAGAACUUGGGCACAUCUGAUGCAGGGUUUUCCAAUAUUACAAAGAAAAAAUCUGUUGCAUCCUGUAAGAAGUGUAGAAGUAAUACAGCAGAAGCGAAACUUGGACUUUUGGUGAAAAAACUUCGACAAAAAUGCACACAGGUAAAAGUUCUAAGAGGAAAGCAGAUGUCAGCAGGUAGAGAAUUGAAAAACAUAAAGGAGAAAUUGCAAGAAAAAAUAAAUGGAAUUAAGGCAUUUAUAAAAAUUCAUGGAAGCAAAAUCUCAGACUCAUGCUUGAAAUCAAGCAGUUCCAAGAACCAGACAUCAGAGAAAAAUUUUAUCAGUGAAACUGAGGAGGUUCUUGCUAACCUUUAUGGACUGGUAGAGGAGAAAGAAGUGAAGAAUGAUGAGCUUCAGCAGAAAGUGGCAGAACUUAAGGUUGUGAUAGAUGAGAAAGACAAAGUGAUUCAGCAGAAAACUGAACUUGCUUUUAGAACAGAGACAAAGGCUAUAGCACCUAUAGAGAGCAGGUGUGAAAAGAAGCAAAAAGAUCAUGUAACGCAUAUUAAUCAUCUCCAAGAAAAAUUGAGAAAAAUUAAGGAAUUGGUCAGCUAUAAGGAAUUAUGCUGUAGUCGGCUAAAGGAAGAACUAAGGACACAGAGACAGCUUUUAGGGGAAAAAGAUCAUAUGAUUGCACGCAAUGAAAAGAAAAUAGCGGAUUUAAAAAGUGAUGCAGUAUCUUGCAGAUCUUUUCAUGGUGAGCUUGAGCAUAAAUUACAUAUUGCUCAUUGCUCACUGCAGGAACGAGAUGUAUAUAUUAGAUCUUUAGAAGACCAAUACUAUGGAAUUAGCCAUGAGCUGAAAAUGGCCAAUUUCAAUCUACAGGAGAAAAUUUCUGUCAUUCAACAACAGCAGAACCUCCUUGAUCAAGAGAAAGAAAAAUAUCAUUGGAGUUGCAUUAAUAAUCAGAAAAAUCAAGGUAAACAGAAGGGAGAGGAGUCAGUGAGCCAUUACAUGGAAGAAUAUAAUAAACAUUUAGCAGAUUUGGAGAACAGAUUGAUUCAGUGCAACAAUAUUUUGAGUGAAAAAGAGAGUUUCAUAAAACAGCUACAGAAAAAUUUCUCUGACUAUCAGGCUUUUGUUAAGGAGAGAGAGUCUCAGCUGGCAGUUGGUAGAAUCUGCCAAAAAUGUUCUGAGCCUGCCAAUAAGUUUGACUGGGAACUUCCAAGCAGUUCUUUGGUCCAGUGUUCAGAUGAGAAAAAUCCCACAGAAAAUGAAUUGUUAGCAAGGAAAGAUGAGAAGCUGCGUAGUGCCUAUAAAAGGAUGCAGGAAUUGCACGGAGAAGUGGAGUACCUGGUAGAAAGGACCAAAGCUGGUUCUUCAACUAGUGAUCUGAAAGAAAUGUUGGAAAUGAAGAGAAAGAAUGCUGCUCUUCAGCAAUGCAUCAUAACACGUGAAGAGAUGAAUGCGCAGUUGGAAGAAAAUUUGAGUGUGCAGAAUAAAGCCCUUGCAUAUUUUAAGGAACAGUUACGAAUGAAGAGUACCAUCAUUGAGUACUUACAAAAUUUCAUUAUUGAUAAGGAAUCUAUAACAGUAAAUACUGAAACUGAGAGUGUAGGAAUCUCUGGUAACAUAAAUGCUGAAAAUAAGUCAAAUGGUAAUUGCGAAAAAGACAAAGAUAGAGAUUUUCUUGGGUCAGGUCCAGUUCAUUCACCUCAGAUGACAAGCAGUGUAGAACAAGUUGAAGGUCAAAGCUCUUACAGCAAUCAUGAGAAUGCCAAGGGUAACCCUCAGAUUGGAGAACAUUCAAAAGUUCAACAAGGAGUACUUAAUACCCUGAAAGAUAUGAGUGCACCUGAUAAGAACAUAGUGAUUUAUCAAAAUGAGACAGACACAGAAACAAAGUCAUAUUGUACUUACAAAGAAAAAGAAGAAAGUUUCUUUGAGAAAGUUCAAGUAGAAACCAGAAAAACUUGCCAAAAAAAUGUUAUUUACAGUAAUGAAUAUAUGGGCAGCCAGAAAACUAUGAAAUUACAUGGACAAAGUUUAAGUUAUUCAGGUGUUUUCACUUACGAAAAGUGUUGUAACACCACCAGUGAAUCUUCCAAUUUAAUGCAAGUAGAGGGGAAUGUGGAAGGCCAGAAAACAAAUGACUUCUCUUCGGAGCAUAGAAAAAUGAAUUUGGAAAUUAGUUUUCCAGAGAAGAGUGAACAACAGUUUAUGAACUGUGAUCCUAAAAUGGGUAUAUGUGAUCAGGCAGACCUAAGGUUACAACUGUCUAAGUGUGAGCAAGGUAGAAACUUUGAAGCUGCUGAUGGUGAAGGGAAAACUUGUGAAGAAAAGGAAACUAAAGAAACAGAAAAACCUUAUCCAGUGAAAAUAACAUAUUCAGAAUAUUGUAUGAGAAACAAGAACAAAAUCUUUCCCCUUUCAGUAAGCAACAACAGCAAUGAACCUGGUACAGGACAAGAAAGAUUACAUCCUAGUGAAAAUAUAUCAAAAGAGAGUGGAUGGCAUGGAGACUAUUAUUCAAAUAUCACACGAGAAAGAAAACACCAGAACUUGGAAGCUGGAUAUGGUGAAAUGAGUAGGAAAAGAAAUUUUUCCAAAGAGAUGACACUAGAAAGUGAUCAGACAAUCAGUAAGGAAAGUAAACGUAGUAAAUUUGAUGUUGAUAAGAAGGGUAAAGUGCCAGUUAAAGAUAGUGCUGCUAAAAUACCAGUGAGAGUUCCAGAUGAGGGUAAAACAAACAAGUGUAAAAUUUCAGGAAACAGGCAAGUCAGAGAAAGCAAAGAUCCAUUGGAGGAAAUUAGAAAACUGAAGAAGAUCAUAGAGGACUUAAAAUUCAGAAAUGAAAAGGCCUUGACAAAAGAGAUUGCAAGAAGAUUGAAAGUAGAAAGUGUUUCAAGGAAAAGAGAAAUUAUUUUGGCGCAAAUUUUAGAUCACAAUCAGAAAAUGAAGAGGCAAGUAAAGGAAAGUGAUGUUGCACUCACAUUAAUAGAAAGGGAGAGGGAAAGGAUUAAUCAGCUCUUGUUAGAGAAUGAACGUGCACUAGUAGAAGCUGCAAGAACAAAGGAAAAAUUCUCUAGAAGUGUGGAGGAAAAAGACAAAGCUCUGGAGAACAACCAAAAAGAGCUAGAGGAUUUUAAGGUGGAUUUAAAAAGAAAGGAAGAAACUCAUGAAAAAGAAAUUGAGAAAUAUAUGGGUGAGGUUUCAAGUAUGGAGAAAGAAGUAGGUACAUUAAAAUUAUGUUUGGCAAAGAGGGAAGAAUUACAUGAAAAGGAUUUUGCUGCAGCCAAUGAAAUACUCAGAGAGAAAGAAAAAGCUUUGGAGAAUUUACAGUGUGAAAAAAAACGCAUAUGUGGAAAAAUCAGAAAUAAGGGUGAAGAAUUACUGUCAAUGAAAAAAGUGAUAAUAAAGGUCCGAAAUUCCUUAAUAGAGCAGAGGGAGGAACUUUCUGUGUACCAGGUAGAAAAGAGUCCAGGAAAUGAGGAAAGGAUAAAUAGCUUAAUAGAACUGUAA